UUUUCAACUCAACACAACCAUUUCCCCCAUUUUUUGGAAAUCACAUUUCCCUAACCCUUCAUUUUUUCAUUUACUAACCAAAGACCCACUGAAAUGGCUGCUAAAUUUGUGAUCCUUGCCAUCUUGGCUUUGUGUGCCUCCGCCCAGGCUGGUAUCACCACCUUUGCUUCCACAUUCAAUGCCCAUAGCAUCAACCAUGCCGUGGCCUAUCCAGCUGCAACCCCUGCUGCCACUGCCGUUGCAACAUCGGCUGUUGCUGCCGCUCCUGCUCCAGCUCCCGCACCUGCUGCCCCUGCCCAAGCACCCAAAGUUGAAUUUGCUGCCCCUACACCAGCUACAGCUGCUGCUGCUGCUCCUGCCAAUACGGUGCCAGCACCCAAUAAAGUUGGUUUUGCUGCCGGUGCCACUAUUCCAUAUGGCACUCCUUUCUAUGGCCAAUCAUUUGCUGCUGCUCCAGCCGUAGCUCCAUUCCCACAAUUUGUUGCCCCAGUAAAUGCUUAUCCAGCUCCCUAUUUACCAGCUGCUGCUGUUGCACCCGCUCCAGCUACCCUACCAUUUGCUGCUCCCGGUAAAUACGGUUUCCCAGCUGUACCCGCUGCUCCCGUUGCUCCUGCUGCUGCAGCUUUGCCAGCCUACAACUAUGCCUAUGGCCCCGCUGCCUUUGCUGCUCCCGGUAAAUUUGCCUUCCCUGCCUCAGCCUAUGGUCUGAACUAUGCCAUUCCAGCCGCCAAAUUGCCCAACCCCUAUUUUGCCUAAAUUGAAUUAAAAUCUCAUUCUAACCUCACAUCUCUUUUAAAUUAAUACCCCAUUAAUUAUUUAAUUGUGAUUCAUCAAUUUAUAAGAACAACAACAAAAAAUAUAAUUUAAUUUAUUGAUAAUUGUAA